AUGAAGCUCUCCCCGACCCUCCUCCUCCUCCCCCCAGUCCUCGCCGCAUGCCCCCGAAUCCGCUGCCCUCUCGUCCUCGACGGCCGAAUCCCCUCCAACGCCUCACCCACCGACUUCGACACCCCCCUCGGCGGCGGCUGGAACCCCUACAACCCGUCCUACGUCAAGGGCAACGACCUCCUCUGGUCCGACAUCCUCCUCCUUCCCACUAUCACGCCGCCCUCGCGCUUCGACAAGGCUUCAAACACGCGCGCGGUGGAAGUCACGAUCGGGGACGCGAGCGUGUUCAUGAGCCAGCGCGGGUUCCGACGGGCCGGGUUGCAGUUCAGCGCGGAUGCGAACGAGGGGAGUGCCGCGGGGGAGGGGGUGAAGACGCUUCAUUGGAGCGCGAGGCAGGAUUUGUGGCGGGGGUUGAAUUUGACGCAUGAGUAUUUGAAUGUCUGGCAUGAGACUGCGGCGUAUGAUGCGAACCAGUUUAAUUUCCAGGUCGGGACUCUCAUCGGGCGGGAGGGCCUGCCGGAGGAUACCUGGAAGUUGUUGGAUCGGGAUAAUAAGCUCGUCUGGUCGACGCCCGUGGCAAUGGACGGUUCGUGGCAGAACUUUGCGCUGACGUUGGACUUUGAUUUGAACACGAUACAGGUGUGGUAUUCUGCUGGCGAUAAACCCCUCGAGAUGUCCGGGGGCGUCAUCUCGGCGAAUCUCGCGGGGGAUGGGCAGUAUCAGAUUGGCAUCCUGAAGAAGCCGACGGGGACUGACGAUGUGGUGAAUUCGGGGUAUCAGUCCAGCGAUUUGGACGAGGGUCAGAUCUACGGAGGCAUCUUCAUCGAGGAUAGUGCUGAUGGAUGCGUUUCUACCUAA